AUUCUUUAUAGAGACCAAUGGCUGUGUUAUUUAGAUUUCUAUUCAGUUUCAAGAGAUUUCUGUAUGUUAAGCAAAAUUACCAAACAUUCUUACCAGUUCUUUGAUAGGCCCCAACUGGAAAAUCGGAAUGACCGCUAAACAGGAAAAGGAAGUGACGACAAUACCGGAAACAUAACCAAUGAUUGUUUACCGUAGAAACUUGACAGUGGACCUCAAGAAUUUACAAAGUAAUAAUGAAGUUUUCAUCCACUGCAGGUAACGGGGAAAAUGUAAAGGUUUGUCCUUAUCCUGGAUUUGACUUAGAUGGUGAUUACAAUACACCUAGAGCUCCACCUAGAGUUAAACCAGAGGCACAGGAGUAUGCUGAUAAGAAUAAAGGAUCGCUUCAGCUGUUUGGUAGUGACACUCCAAGACCAAUUGCUCAAACACCACGACCUGAACCAAAAUGUCCAUCAACUGAAGGUAUGAGAAAUUAUGAACUUGGACGGCAUGGAACAGUCUCAAAUUUGUUAAAUGGUUCUGCAACACCUAGACCAGAUCCAGCACCUGCCCCUAAAAUGCGUCCUGAAGCAAUGGGGAUCGCUGGAGGUCAUAGUGGACAGUCAACAUCUAAUCUGUUUACUCAGUAUGGUAAACUCCCUAUGAGUGCAAGGGCUGCUCCUAGAAUUAAACCAGAGGCAGAGGGGGCUUAUGAACCUCAUAAAGGAAAUAAUAUGAAAUGUCUUCUUCAUGAUCCAAAAAAGUUGCCUGCAUCAGCUCGAGCAGUUCCUAGAGUCAAGCCAGAGGCUGCAGGUAUUGCUUGCAAGGAAGGAAGAGGAAUGAUGAAGAAUCAGUACAAGUUUGCAUCUGGUGCCUUGUCUGAUAGACCAGAGCCCCGUGUCAAACCAGAGGCAUCUGGAAAUGCAGAGAAAGGAAAAGGAAAUGCUAUGAAAGCUCUACAGUAUGAUUAUGGUCACCAGCGAGCAUCUCCAAGACCAGAACCAAGAGUUAAAGAGGAGGCAUCAGGAAGUGCAAAUCUUGAUAAAGGAGGGCGUAUGUCUCGCCUCAUGCAUGAAGGAAGUAAAAUGAGAAAAUCUCCUAGACCACCACCAAGAGCAACAACAACUGAAGCUAAAAAUAUUCUUAGGAAAUCUCAAGGUCAGAUGUCUCAAAUAUUUGCAAGCUCAGCUAAAAUGACACUUGUUCCUAAAGCUGGAAGAUGAUUAGCCAUAUAAUAUUAUACCAUUACAUUUCCACAUGAAUUUGUUGUUAUGUACAGUAUCAAAUAUUGUAUCAUAAGGGUAAACAGAAAACAAGACGGAUACAUAAUAUUGUAUGAUUGAGUCAGGAAAUACAUAAAUAUGUUAUGUAACUUUUUUCAUGAAAAUGUUUGAACAAAAGCGGCACAGAUUGUCCAUUGUUCAUAAGACUUAAUUUAUAUAGUUUACAGCUACAUUAUUUAUAUUAGUUACAUCCCUUUAAUGUCAGGCUCUAAUUUUCUUAUUCUAUCAAGGUUAUAGAUAUAUUAGAUAAAAAAAUAAUUAGAUAUUGCAUAUUGAAAGAAAAUUAACAUGAAAAAAAAAUCACAUAACCCUUGUAAGGACCAUUAAAAAUGUUUGUAGUUGAUCCAAGAUAUACAGUAGUAUUGCACUUAGAUUUAGCUAAAUAUAAUGAGCUUGAACAAAAUAUUCUUUGAAUUAUAUUAUACCAAUUCACAGUUUUUAAGAUCAUUAUUUUGACAUAUCCACAAUAGGUCUUAUUUCAGACUUAUUUAUUGACUACUAGACAAGUCAUCUGAAUCCAUUACAGGGUUACAAUUUAUGUACAACUAAAAAUAAGAUUAUAAGCUAGAGCUAUCUUAAUCAGGCAACAUUUAUUUAGCCAAACAAAUGAUUGAUGAUAGUGUACUUGCUGAAAAUUCACCAUUUACAUAUUUUCCAUUGUCAGAUAUAAUUAUUACUGUCAUCAUAAUGCAACAAAUUGUCUGAUGCGUUCUGUGUUGUUAUGAAAGGCCUUACUUUCAGAUUCAAUAUUUUUACAAAUAUAAUUUCUAAGAACUGUAAAUACAAAUGUAUUAAAUUUUAAUGCUACUCUUUCUUUUAUUUUUAAUUCAUUUAAAAAGAAAGCAUACAUGUAGAAAAAAUCACAUUUUUAGCCUGAAAUAUGAAAUUUCACUUGCUUUCAUUUUGAAUGGACAACAACACUAUAUACAUGUAGUUGAAUUAUUGUGGUGCUUUAUUGUUACACUUGCCUGUAUUUAGAAGCGUCAUUUGUCACAUGUUAUUUUUAAAGUUAAAAAAACAAAUUGGGAUUAACAUGAUCAUUUACUAUUUAUUGUUUGAAAAGUUAAAAUCCUAUACAUUUGCCAAAUAAGUUUCAUGAUAUUUGCUCAAAUGUUAAUACUUAAAGGUACUGUAAAUUCAGAAAUUAUUGUGUGCAUUUUAUUAUUGCGAUUUUGUCAUUUGAGACUAAAAUGUAGCUUUAUUUUUUGCAAUAUGGAGAAAAUCCUGUUUUAUUCAUUUAAAAAAUUCAAAAUGUAAGUUUAACUUUUGUGAUUAUGACCCUGUUGCAUUUUUCGCAAUAAUUUCUGAAUUACUUUUAUUUGUAUGAAUAUUAUUAGAAUAGUUCUAUAAAAACUGACUUUGUAUGAACAAUUAUGUACAGUAUAUGUUAUAUGUUUCCUAUUUAGAUAAAGAGUUUUUAACUUUGCCUUAUAAUUUUGUUCAUCUUAUAUUAACAAACUGGUUUACUGAAAUUCAAUCACUAUAUUGUUGUAAAAAUCAAUUCAUUUUUGGCAAUAUCAAUCAAGCAUUAGUUUGAAAAUCAGUCUCAUAAUCACAAUUUGACUGUCAUACUUUUUACAAACUUAUUUAUGUAAUACAAAUUCCUCAAACUGAAAAACUGAUAAAAUAAUGAUGUGUUUAACUUUUAUGGGAUAAAGGGACAUUACUCUAUGUAAAUUCACUAUGAUUAUCUCAAAGUUGAAUUCGUAUAUAUAUCAUUUUCCUAUAUAGGUGCAAUAAAAUUUUCUAUUCAUUUUAUAAAAUAAAUAAGCACGUCCAUAGUUAUUUUUAGAACCAAUUUAUUUAUAUUUUUCUACCAAUUUUUUUUUUAUAUGAUCUUAUAUGUUAUAUUGUUGUGUACAUCUAUUUUGUGAUAUUUAAGUCUGUGAUUAUUUGUGUUAUACACACACAUUCUAUAGAGUAAUUUGUAUACAUGUAAACUUAUUGCACCAUAAAAAUAAUAUAACUAGAAUAAAUUAUCAUUUCUCUACAUUUUUGUAAUUCAGAUUUGGCGAAAACAUACCUUGCUGAGAAAAUGGUAAAUUUGUUAAAUAGUUAUAUUUUUGUGAAAUUUAUUAUUAUUUUCAAAAUUUAUCUGGUUUUUUUUACUUCUCUAAAGUGGUUGAUUUUAAUUAAAAAAUGUUCUUUAAUAUUAUUUUUAUCAAUUGAUCAAUAUAGUCAAUUCAAACCAUAAAUUUACUAAGAGUUUAGAGGAACAAAAUGUUUUCUCUAACUUGAAAAUUGGUAUAUAAAUACUGUAAAUAUUAUUUUGAUUAACCAUUACAAUUUAUAUAAAGUUUUAAAUUAGAUAGAAAGAGAAGAUAUUUGUUGAGGCAUUCAUAUUUGUGUGUAUGUACAUUCCUGUUUUGUCUUAGAACAACAUAGAUAUCUUGACUGGUAUUAAAAUAUAACAUCCCCAUUAGAACACUACUUUAAGAACACACUUUGAGUCAAUGUGGUGUUUAUUUUAGUCUCUGGUUCCUUUAGACAUUAAAAAGUUAUGAGAACUAGAAUAAAUUUCAAUAUAAUGGUUAUUCUAGAAAACAAAUUUCAAAAUCAUUACAAAACUUUUCUUUGAACUCAUGAACCUGACUAAAAUUGGAGCACUAUUUUUUUUUUUUUUAAAGUGUUUUAAGGUAGAUUGAUGGUAUACCGCCAUCUUGGAUUGUACAAUCACAGUACAAAAUCGGUUUAGUUUUGUGCCUUAAUCUGCAAAUUUGGAAAACAUAUUUGCAAUUCAAUCCCUAGACUGAUUUUUCCAAAUACAGAAAAUUUGUUAAUUAAUUGUAUUAAACAAAAUAUUUUAACAAAUAUCAAGUUUUUGGGUUCUAAAAUAAUUUUUAUCAAUGAGCCAUUUAAUCGGAGAUAACUCUUUUAGUACAAAAUUUAUACUAGGCUAAUAGGAAAAUUUCUCAUUUUUGUCGAGCCUGCAACUUUUGUUGCAGAAAGCUCGACAUAGGGAUAGUGAUCCAGCAGCGGCGGCGGUGUUAGCUCACUUCUUAAAAGCUGUAUAUUUUAGUAGGUAGAAGACCUGGAUGCUUCAUACUGUGUAUAUAGAUGCCUCAUGUUACGAACUUUCCGUCAGUCACAUGUCCAAUGUCCUUGACCUCAUUUUCAUGGUUCAGUGACUACUUGAAAAAAAAGUUAAGAUUUUUUGUAAUGUUAAAUUCUCUCUUAUUAUAUGUAAUUGGAUAACUAUAUUUGGUAUGUGCGUACCUUGCAAGGUCCUUAUGCCUGUCAGACAGUUUUCACUUGACCUCGACCUCAUUUCAUGGAUCAGUGAACAAGGUUAAGUUUUCGUGGUCAAGUCCAUAUUUCAGAUACUAUAAGCAAUAGGUCUAGUAUAUUUGGUGUAUGGAAGGACUGUAAGGUGUACAUGUCCAACUGGCAGGUGUCAUCUGACCUUGACCUCAUUUUCAUGGUUCAGUGGUUAUAGUUAAGUUUUUGUGUUUUGGUAUGUUUUUCUUAUACUAUAUGCAAUAGGUCUACUAUAAUUGGUGUAUGGAAUGAUUGUAAGGUGUACAUGUCUAGCUGACAGGUGUCAUCUGACCUUGACCUCAUUUUCAUGGUUCAGUGGUCAAAGUUAAGUUUUUUAGUUUUGGUCUAUUUUUCUAAUACUUUAUGCAUAAGGUCAACUAUAUUUGGUGUAUGGAAAUAUUUUAUGAUCUAUAUGUAGGUUACGCAGGUUUUAUUUGACCUUGACCUCAUUUUCACGGUCCAUUGCUAAGUUUUAAGUGUUUGUGUUUUGGUCUGUUUUUCUUUAUUUAUAAGCAAUAAGUCAACUAUAUUUGUUGUAUUGAAGAAUUGUUAGCUGUACAUGUCUGCCUGGCAUGGUUCUUCUGACCUUGACCUCAUUUUCAUGGUUCAUUGAUCAAUGUUUCAUUUUCUUGGUUAAUGUUGAGUUUAUGUGGCUUUAUAUUUAGGUCUAUAAAGAUAGUAUCAAGAAUUAGUAAAGAAGGCGAGACAUUUCAGUGUGUGCACUCUUGUUACUUUUACCAAGAAAUCAAGUUCGGUGACACCAUGUUUUCUUUUUAUUUUCUUAAAACAUAUUAGGAAAUCUAUCUUCUCACAAUUUAUUUCUAAAUUCUAUCUCAUAGAAUUUUUUUUAUGCACCCUAAUGUGUUUUUUCAUGAACAAACUAACCAAAUUUUGGCAAUUUUCAACGACUCAUAGCUUGAAAAAUAGCACCGUGACCCAUACUUUUUAUUAACUUUUUGAAAAAUAGCACGGUGACCCAUACUUUUUAUUAACUUUUUGAAAAAUAGCACGGUGACCCAUACUUUUUAUUAACUUUUUGAAAAAAGCAUAGUAAAAUCUUCAUUUUGGCAAAUGAAAUUAUAAGAAAAUUCUGUCUCAAAAAAUAUAUACUUAUGAUCUACCUUAAAUCAUGUAAAUUUUCCUAUAACAUUUAAGGUUUAUAUGACUUUCAGAGCUAGAUAAAAUGGUCAUAUUGGCCAAAAAUAUGACUGGAUUUAUCAAAGGAAAAUGCAUGUAUUUAAAAACCUUUAGUGAUUUUCUUUUUCUUCUUUUUAUAAUUUUUGAAUGUUUUAAUCAGUAUGACUGCUCGGCAAGGGAAAUAACUUGCCUCAAAUCAAAUUUUCGAGGUCAAAAUCAUGCUUCUAGAAACAGCUUUUGGUUAUGACUAUACUGAUUCCCUGUAUCAUGUUAAGAUACUUGUCUCUAGGAUCAACAUUUAAAGGUCAGAGGUCAAAGGUCAAAAAGGUCAAUUUUGGAAAAUAUUAAAGAAAACUUUGAAGUUUGAUUUUACAUCACAUUCAUUUAAGAAGUGUUAUAAAUUUGUUGUUAUGUUGAUUUCAAACAAUGUUUUUUUAUUGUUUAUUGUUUGUUUUAUUAUUAUAUCUGUAAACGAGAGAAAUAAAAACAUUAAAAUAC